AUGGCUAGAGCAUCUUCCUCCAAAGCAAGAAAGCAAAGGCACGAUCCACUUUUGAAAGAUCUGGAUGCAGCUCAAGGUACCUUGAAAAAAAUUAACAGAAAGAAGCUAGCACAGAGUGAAGCUACUAAUACCGAAGAUCUAAAGAAUGAAGAUGGCUAUAUAGACUCUAAAGCAUCAAGAAAAAUCCUGCAGUUAGCAAAGGAACAACAAGAUGAGAUAGAAGGUGAAGAACUUGUUGAAUCGGAAAGAAAUAAGCAACUUGAGGCCAGAUUCACUACCAUGAGUUAUAACGAUGAGGAGGAAGAAGACGAUGAAGAAGAAGACGAGUUUGGAGAAGAUAUCUCGGAUUUUGAGCCCGAGGGAGAUUUUAAAGAGGAGGAAGAAGUUGUCGAGAUUGACGAAGAGGACGCUGCAAUGUUCGAGCAAUACUUCAAGAAUUCGAACGACUUUAACUCUUUAAGCGGUAGCUAUAAUCUUGCAGACAAGAUCAUGGCUUCGAUUAGAGAAAAAGAGAAUCUAUUUGAAGGUACUCAAGAUGAUGAACCGAUUAUUGAAGAACAGAAUAUCUCAAGAGGCAAUCUAUCAUCCGGUUUGAAAAGCGGAGAGGGUGUUGCAUUACCAGAAAAAGUCAUCAAAGCAUAUACUACGGUGGGUAGUAUUCUGAAAACUUGGACACACGGUAAGCUACCAAAGUUAUUCAAGGUCAUUCCAUCUUUACGAAAUUGGCAAGAUGUUUUAUAUGUCACCAACCCGGAGGAAUGGUCACCACACGCUGUUUACGAGGCAACCAAAUUAUUUGUAUCCAAUUUAACAGCAAAAGAGUCUCAGAAAUUUAUUAAUCUAAUUCUACUGGAACGUUUUCGCGAAAAUAUUGAAACCAGUGAAGAUCACUCUUUGAACUAUCAUAUAUAUCGUGCAGUCAAGAAGUCGCUUUAUAAACCGAGUGCUUUUUUCAAGGGUUUUCUAUUCCCAUUGGUUGAAACCGGCUGUAAUGUGCGUGAAGCCACAAUUGCAGGAAGUGUACUUGCUAAAGUGUCCGUUCCAGCUCUACAUUCUUCGGCAGCCUUGAGUUAUCUCUUGAGAUUACCUUUCUCUCCACCUACGACUGUUUUUAUUAAAAUUCUGCUUGAUAAGAAGUAUGCCUUACCAUAUCAGACAGUUGACGAAUGUGUUUAUUACUUCAUGAGGUUCAGAAUUUUAGAUGAUGGUAGUAAUGGGGAAGAUGCAACAAGAGUGCUACCUGUCAUAUGGCACAAAGCUUUCUUGACAUUUGCACAACGUUACAAGAACGAUAUUACUCAAGAUCAAAGAGAUUUCUUAUUGGAAACCAUUCGUCAAAGGGGUCAUAUGGAUAUUGGUCCUGAAAUUAGAAGAGAACUAUUAACAGGCUCUAGCAGAGAGUUUGUUGGCUCUCAAGAAGCUAACGAUGAUUUAAUGAUUGACGUCAAUUAG